AUGGAUUCUGCAUAUCAGCAACACUUCAGUGUGCGUAAGAUCACUUCUGCGACACCUUUUUCUUCUUCGCCGAGUCCCGCCAUCAGCUCCAGCUCGAUACAGACAGGUCCGCGUAUUCCAUGGAACUCUCAAUCUCAUGGAGCGCGAGGCAUAGCUGGGGUGCAAAAUAAAAACACCAUCUCAAAAGACAGGAUACAAGGCGAGGAGCAGCGAAUGGUCGAUCUUCUAGCGCAACAUGGGAACAGAGUCAUGAGAACUCAGUAUAUAGCGCUGAGAGCCGAUGCCAUUGAAACCGACUCAAACAGCGAUGCGGCAGACGCAGACACAGCCUUGCGCACGGCUAUCAAUGCGGGGAAAAAUCAAAUAAACGACCUUAUCAAAGAUUUCAAUUCCAACUGGCUGCCUCUUUGUCGGAGAUAUAUCGAGUCACCUCCAAGGGAUGCUAAAAAGCGUAACGAUGAGCACAAGAGGUUGUUUGAAUCCGUCAUGGAGAAAAUCCUCUUGAAGUCGGAUGGCGUGGAGACUAGGGGCGAUGCUACGCUUCGACUUAGGCGAAGAGAACUUGUCCGAGAAGUCGAUUUUGUGCUUGGGCAGCUUGAUAGGGCCCUAAGAUCAUGA